AUGGGGCAAUUUGACUGGUUCGGCAAAAUCGGGGCGACACCAGAGGCCGUCGCCGUGCUUAACGACCAGCCUCACCUCUUCACCAUCCUGAUCAUCGUCCUCAUCGCCCUCAUCCUCCAGUGUGUACUGCAUUGGUACAUCCACUAUGCCACCAUGAAACCCGAACAGAAAAAGAAAAAGGAAAAGAAGGGGGAGAAGAAGGGUCCCGAGCAAAAACGUUGA